AUGGAAUUGACUAAAUUGGCAGACAUGACAAAACUCCACCAAGCUGUGGCUGCAGGAGACAUCAGUUCAGUGAAGAAGAUUUUGAAAAAAGGUCUCUGUGAUCCAAAUUACAAGGACAUCGACUGGAAUGACCGGACUGCACUUCACUGGGCUGCUAUCAAAGGUCAUUUAGAGGUGUUGCAGAUCCUGAUUGAAUACGGAGCCAGGCACUGCCUGGUAACUGAUGUGGGCUGGACCCCAGCUCACUUUGCAGCCGAAUCAGGUCAUCUGAAUGUACUCAAAAUUCUCCAUAUGUUGCAUGCUGCCAUCGAUGCCCCUGACUUCUUUGGAGACACCCCAAAGAGGAUUGCACAAAUCUAUGGACAGAAAGCGUGUGUGGCCUUCCUGGAGAAGGCCGAACAAGAGUGCUUGGACUAUCGCCUCAGCGCUAGUGAAAAAGGGCUGCUACUGGAUCAAUGGGAUGAAGACUGGAAUGCCAAGAAAAGAGAGCUGGAGCUGUCACUUCCUGCAUCAAUCCCCAGAAAGAAUAAAAAGAAUAAGAAAAUUCGAUACCCCCUUAGGAUCAACAAACCCAAAGAAAGUGGGGCAUGA